AUGGUAUCCUUUCAGUGCGAGGCGUGCGGUGAUAUCUUCACCAAGAAAAAGCUCGACCCCCACCGCAGCCAAUGCCGCGGUGCAUCGUUCACCUGCAUCGAUUGUAUGGUCCAUUUCCAAGGAACCCAAUAUAGGGCACACACGUCAUGCAUGAGUGAGGCACAAAAAUACCAGGGCGCGCUGUAUAGAGAAAAGCCUGGUAAACAGCAAAAGAAGGGCCAGAACGGUCACAACACCCCCAACCAUAAGGGCAAUCCCAACGCCAACAAGCAACCCCGAGUCGAGGAUGCCUCCGAUGGCGACAAUGUCAAUGCCAACGUGGCCCCGCCCCCGGCCCCGACACCCCCUCCCGUGGGUGAAGCCAAGCCUACAUCCAAGGCGCUGGCCAACAGCGGCCAGCCCAUCAAUGUGUUUGACUACCUGGUCACCGAUGAGACCCCCAAUGCGUCCAAGGUGACGCUGGCCCCCAAGGAUGGCAGCAAGGAGCAGAUGAGCAUGGUUGCCCACGCCCGAUCCGUCUUUGAGCCCAGCAAUGCGCUUGCCAAACUGGAUACCAAGACCGAUGACGAAGGAAACUACGAUGUCGCAUAUGAGGAGAACGGCUUUUCCUACGGCGCGGACCCAAUCCCGCCCUCCAUGUACCCCAACGCCGUGCCCAAUGUCUCGACGGAGUUCGUGACACCCGCGCCCAAGAAGACGAAGAAGGAACGCCGCAAGGACGAAAAGCGCGCCAGCGGCAGCGUCAGCGAGAAAAAGCGCAAGCGCGGCCAGGAGGAGCCCUUCAGCAGCCCGCAGCAGGACGUGGACACGCCCAUGUUGGACGCCCCGUCCAGCGUGAUCAACAACGCCGGCACCCCCGUCCUCGCCCACUCCGGCCUCACCGGCGGUCUGAACCGCAUGAUGCGCUCCCCCUCAAAUGACAUCGACGACUCCCCCAACCUCGACCGCCAACCGUACCACGACGCCUCGUCCCCGAUCAAGCGCACACGGCGCAACGGCAAAGACACUAAGGAUAGGGAAAGUGCCAGCAAUGGCGACCCGGGUCUGGGCAUCUCGAUCAAGAACCGUGCUGAGCGCCUCGUCUCCUCCAUGUUCGGCGGCUCCGUCGUCUCAACCAGCAGCAACGGCGCAGACUCGACCUCGCGCGCCCUCGUCCGCACCCGCCGUGGCUCCUCCUCCAGCGCCGACGGCGCCCUCGAACUCCGCAAGAAGAAGUCCCACCGCAACCGCGCAUCAGACACCCACCUGGAGCGCAAGUCCAAGCGCAAGAGCAGCAACCCAACAGACGGCGACCGGCCCAGCCGCCGCCAGAAACAAAGCGAUGAGCGGCGCCGCCCAGACUCGCGGUCCCCGCACCGCGAGCGCCAGGUCACCGUGUACCGGGCGUCGAAGCCGCCAGCGCGCACCGAGGACGCGCUGCAGCGCGAGAUGGCAACGCAUUUCCUGGGACUGGUGUCGCGGGAUAGCGAGCGCGGGUGCUCGGUGCAUAAGGCGCUGAAGCGGUUCCAUCGUGAUUUCUCGGAUGAGUAUGAUGCGGAUCGGGGAAGAGACCAGGGGCGGAGUCGGGCGGAUCGGGAGCGGAGGGCGGAGGACGAGAAGGAACUUUGGCGGGCAUUGCGGUUGAGGAGGAAUGAGAGGGGUGAGAUUGUUGUUUUUGUUUGA